ACUCUUUUAAAUACAAUCAAUUAAUGUUGGUUACUAUCUUAUUCAUAUUUUGUAUUUCCUACACUUCUGAUGCAUUUAAAAUGACAAAAGUUGAAGUAAAUUUUGGAAUUUUCUUAGAAUUAAUAAUAAUAACAAAAUUAUGUAUAAUAUUCAUUCUUCUUUUUAAUGAUUGAUUUAUUAAUUGUUAGUUUUGAUCAUUUGUAAGGUAAAUUGAUCAUUUCUGAGUAUAUUCCAAUCAUAAAUAUAGUUCUGCGGAGUAUGGGAGUGGGAAACGUAAAUAUUUAAAUUUUCUUUUGCGAAUAAUUUGUAACGUAAAUUACUGUGAAAUAGGUUAAUGUUUAAUUUUAAGCUACAAGUCAAAACAUUUCGCAAAUGUCUUUCAUGUCUUUCUGGGAUCACUGCACGGUUGAAGUUAGACAUUGACACCGUUGGAUGCUGGCUCGGUGGUUCAGAGGUUAAGCGAUCGCGCGCGAGACUGAAAGGUCCUGGGUUUGAAUCUCACGAGGUGGGAUCGCAGGUGUUUACUGCUGAGAAGUCCCAUACUAGGACGAAACGACCGUCCAAUUCUUUCAGGUUUUCCAUGUUGAUCUAGCUUUAAUUGACUCAUGAAUUCAACUAUUAAGAGAGAUUAGUUCACAUUGUGAUUUGUAAUUACUGAAUUGUGUAUGGUUAAUACUUAUAGAUGAAUAAAUGGUUCACAGAAAUUCAGAAACGGGAAAGAAAUUAAUUUAACUUUUCUAAAUGCUCAUAGAUAUCUAUAAUGAAAGAGUAAUAUAUUAAGCUAAAAAAAGUAGUCUUUAGGUAUAAAAUAUAUUGGGAGUAUUGAGAAAUAGAUUAUUCUAAAGAUUGUAUUGGUACAUGAACCAUAUAAAUAAAUCUCAUACAUACUAUGGUCACUCCGCUAAUGAUAUUUGUGAUGUAUUUUAACAUUUUAAUUUGAAAGUGUGUAGCCUAUUUUAUAUUUAGGAGACAGUAAAUGUUUCCUACGUUUUUGAUCUUUGUUCAAGGAAAAUAACUGUGGGAUGCGAAACCUUACUUGGGGUAAGUAUAUAUUUUAUAAUUUCGUGAUCAUAGUGAUAUGUUGGGGCACUUUAUGUUUAUUUAUUAUUGAUAUCAUUAUUACUUAUAAAUGACUUGUUAUGUUUUGACUUAGCGCCUGAAUAAUAUUGAAAUUUAACAUUAUUAACCAUUAAGAGUUUAUCAGUUCUGUGUUGAACAUUAAUCUUUAUAUGGUUAGCUUUACCUCUUUUGAGGGAGAUGAAUUGGUAUUGUGAAAUGUCAGGGAAGAUUUGUAACUUAAGAGAGUGAUUUUAAUAGAAAAAUGUCACUAAAAUUUCUUUCUUCUAUCUAUAAAUUAUAAACAUGUAAAGUAAUUGGUAAUAAGCGUGUUCAUUCGAAGCAAACACCAACUAAUACUCAAACUCGUUUUUAUUUUAAAUGAUUUUAUCUUCAAACCAUGUUAAAAUAAUGAGAUAAACGAUUUUUUUGAUAAAAUCAUCAUACUGGUCACUAAUUUUACAUUAGUUGAUGGAUUGCCAUGGUUAUACUUAUGUUUACUUGAUAAAUUGUAUUCAAAUGGUCACCGAAAGGUUUUAUUCAAUUUAUCUUUCAUUUAAUUCGUAAAUAAAUAUGAUUCCCUUAGACAGUGGUUUACUGGGUUAAAGUGUUGUGUUUGGCUUCCUUAGUUUUCACAUUUUUUUAUUACAAAUAAAUAUGUAUUUUGAAUAUGGUGUUUUCAUUACAUUCACGUGUACACAUCGAUUUUUAAUAUAGCAUACUUAACAAAGGAAACAUUUACAGCAGGUUAUCUUAUUUAUAGCUGCACAAUAAUAUAAAUUAUGUAUUAUUUAUUGUUUAUUGCAUCAUAAAUUUACGGACAGAAUGCUUGUUUAAUGGUAGAAAUAUUGAUGACGUUUCGUUAAAUUGUGAUCUGUUGCACCAUAGCAGUGUGGUACAAAGACUGAUUGUCUUGAAAUGGAUGUUUGACAAGGAACAAAAGACAUAACUGAUUGACCUCGUUUUCUGAUAAACCAUGGUAAGAGAUGCAUUGGAUUCGACGGAGAUGUGAACUCAAUUAAAAGCUAAUUUCUCAGGUUAACAAGCAGUACUAUAAGGUGAGUCUCAAUCGAAAGGGCUGGUAAUGAUUUCAUAUACAUGACUAGCACACUUUGUGUUAAAGAGCGAUUUUCUUAUAAGCACCUAAAUUUAAUCAUAUUACCAAAUUUUGUUACAAUACAGAAUGUGAAUUUUGUCUAUCAGGAUGUAGUUUAGCACGCUAUUUUGUGAAUGAUUUCUAUUGGCGUGAUAUAUACAUGUUGGGUGCUGAAAAACUGUGUGCAUUCAUCUCUUCUGAAAAAAUACAAAAAAUUUGUGACAAAUACACUUCGAAGUACUUACCAGAGAUUUUGGAUGCAAUAGGAUCAGUAUUCGUACCUGAAGAAAUUUGUUUGGACUUCAAUAUAUGCAAUUUUACUGAGAUUAAGAUGUUUACUAUCCAAAAAAGAAUCGAGAACCAAUCAGCUAUAAUGUUAAAAAUGUUGGUGCCCUUUCGUUUGUAUUCAUCAAAAUGAUGUGUUUGAGUUUAUUAAAUAACUAGACUUUAUGAUUAGUGAAGUUAGAAAUCUAUACUCAUGGUGCUGAAUAUUUAUUUUACUGAAAACAUUUACGUUUUUUAUUAUCAACGUUAAUGAUUGUUUCAUCGUGAUCUAACUUAGUAAACUGAAAACUAUUCACAAAAAACCAAGGGCUGGUUGUUACACAAAACAAAUCAAUUAGAUAUUAAAAUGUCACUGAACAAUUUAUUUUUCACUAUAUAAUUAAGCUGGUGUUUAUAUUUACUAUGAGGUGAAAUACGAAUCCUUGUAAAGGAUCUUUUUACAAUUAAUUAAGUGACUCAGUGAUAAGCGUUGAAAUGAUGGAAAGUUUAUUGAAUUACGAUACUUUGAAAAAAAAGGUUCAGCGAAACUGCCACCUCAAACAGUCUUCCAACCGAUUAUAUUGGUCAGUUUCAAUGAUAAGACAUCAAGUUUCUAGUUUAACGGAAGGAUUUUAAUGAUUUAUUGUGCUUUCUGAGAUGGGUUGUCUAUUCAUCGAUUUGGGUAAUAUAAUCAUCAGGAAUUCCAAUAGUUUAUUUCAUUUGUAGGGUUUGUUGAUAGUACUGUCUAGAAAGAUAAUGAAAGUUUCACACUUAAGUAACCUAUCACAGUGAGCACAAGACUUAUAAUGGACAUCGACAUAUUUUGUAUAGUACUAUCGAAAAUGAUUGAUAUUUAUAUUCCAGAAACCAAAGAAAUAAUAAACUUUUCAUUAAUGAUUAGUUUUUAAAUAAGAUAGAAUAUACUGAACAAAAUGUCUCGUUUUACUGAUUGUCGUUAGUAGAAUAUUUCAUUUCUACUAAACUCAGUGCAAAUAACUAGUAUUUCUGUUAAAUGCAAUCAACUCUGUUAUUGAUACUUUAAUGGUAUAUCAAAGUUCAACGUUUUUCCUUGAAGGAAAAGCUAAAAGUAUUUAUAUAUACUGUUUUAGGUGAGGCCAUAAGAUCUCCGGCUCUAGAUUAUGUUUAAAUUUCAUUAUCACUAUCUCAUCAGUUUCUGUUUUCUCAGAGAAUACUCAUAUUUGGCUAAGGUAAUCAUCAUGUCAACCUAUUUAAAGAGUUUAGGAUAAUGUAAUAGUUUUCACUAUCCCAAAAGAACUAAGAUUUUUUCGUUUCUAAUGUUUUUUUUCUUUACAGAUAACAAAAUCUGAACAUUUUUGCUCUACCUAAUACUCUUUAAGUGUUAUUAAAUUUUAGAAUGUACACAACAUAAAUUAUGCUAUGAUAUAUUUGGUCUUUAUGUUUUGAGUCAUCAUUUUAAUACUAACUAGAUGUAUUAGUUACUAUAAUUAUCGACGAUUGUGACCUUUUGUUUGUUAACAAACUGCUUUGACUAGAAUAAACUAUCUUUCCUUGUGAUUAUCCAGUUUUUAACUUCAAGCUGAUAAAUGAAUGUUUGAAAUUUCAAACACUAGAGUAAUAUAAAAAUCUUUGAUGAUCAAAUAUGUCAGUAUAGAUAGAAAGUUUAUCAUUCAAUAUGAAUUAAUCUCCAACUAAGAAAAUAACUUUUAAAAAAAAUUCAUUCCAAAUUCAAAUAUAUUCUUAGAAUUA